AAUCGCUUUUCAAGUGAAAACCACUCGAUUAUAGAACAUUGAGACUGCUGAUUCUGAACUCAAUGUCUAUUGCUAUCCGAAACCUCUUUUCGGAUGGACUUCUGCGCGCGGAUCUCUAGAAAACCAACAAACCUUUUAAAUAAAUUUCUUUGAAGAUUAUCACGUUGAGUACAUCGCAUUAACUCGGUUCGUAAGAUCCUUUCGAUAUCUAAUAUGCUUUAACAGCGUGAGAAUUUUAUUUUCAGUGCAGUAAUAAUCUAAACUCUUCACCACACAGAGAGCUUCCGUUGACAUACCCGCAGCGUCCUUGGUACAUGUAAAAUAAACGAACAGAGGUACUUCGAUGUGCUCUGCACAAUGAUCAUGUUCAAAGAACUUUAUUUAAAGAGUUUGUUGGUUAUCUAGAGAUCCGCUCACAGAGAUCCAUCUGAAAAGAGGUUAUGGAUAGCAAUAGACAUUGAAUUGAAAAUUAGCAUUCUCAAUGUUCUCUAACCGAGUAGUUUUCACUUGAAAAGCGAUUUGGAAAUGAAUACUGAAAGACCUUCGGGAAAAUUAUUCCAGUUAAAGUUUUAACUUUUUUAAAAGGGCACACGGCAAGAGAAUAUUUCUAAAUCCGUAAAAGGUUUGUUUAGAACGAAAUUGUUGCAGAAUUGGUCGCGUGUAGGAUAUUUGAUCAAGCAGCAGAAAUGGAAUUUCGAAGUGAUAUGAAAAAACAUUUUACUCUUUUCAAAAAGUUAUGUGACAAACGUGCAGCAGUCGUUAUUGAUAAAUGUUAUAAAGAAGAUGAAAAGUUGGCUCUUCGACUGUUGAAAGCACUUGAUUUUGAUGAGCUUUUAGUAUCUUUUGAUAGAAAAAUUACGUUUAAGUCGACAAUUUUUUAA